UUUCCCGCUGCUGUCAUUUGCAUUGUUUGUUUUGGUGCUGCAGCGAGCGCACGGCUUUUACAUAAUAUUUACUGCAAACCUGCGCAAUUUCGCAAUGUUUCGUAUUCCGGCUCUGUGCUUUAUCAAUCGCACGGUGGUGGUUAAUGGACAGGCUGCUUCGCGGCUGAUUUCAACCGGUGCUCCCGUUUGCAACUCAAGCGAUGGAUAUCGCCCACCGACGCCGAUGAUUGACCUGGAAGACAAAUCGCUCCCCAUUCCGGAAUAUAAAGAGAAGAAAAAUGAACCACUUCAGUUGCAAAAGUCGCGAUUGCUGUACCAAUCGCGCAAACGAGGAAUGCUGGAGAAUGGUCUGCUGCUGAGCACGUUUGCCGCCAAAUAUCUCGCCGAAAUGAAUCCCGCACAGACGAAGCUGUACGAUCGGCUCAUUAACCUUCCGUCGAACGAUUGGGAUAUUUUCUAUUGGGCAACGGGCGUGAAACCGACACCCAAAGAGUACGACAACGAGGUGAUGAACAUGCUGAAAGAUCACGUCAAGAACAACAACCGUGAACAACGGUUUGUGCAACCGGAUCUCUACGCCAAAGCAAACUAAUGGUUCGUUUACAAUAAGAGUAUUUAUUUGAAACAUAAACAAAA